CAACUUUAUGUCUCAUGAAAAGUGCCUCAAGCAUGUGAAGAUACCAUGCUCGUGUGUUGCGUCAAGUCUCGUAAGGAUUCCAGUUGCACAUUGUUUUGGACCUCCGGGACAUUACAAAAGAAAGUUUUGCACCGUGUGCAGAAAGCAGUUAGAGUCCCUUGCAUUUCGAUGUGAAGUGUGUGAACUACACGUGCAUACAGAUUGUCUCCCGUUUGCUUGCAGCGAUUGUCGUCAGUGCCACCAAGAUGGGCAUCAGGAUCAUGACACAUACCAUCAUCACUGGAGGGAGGGAAAUCUCUCGUCCAGUGCUCGCUGUGAGGUCUGCAAGAAAACCUGUGGCUCGUCGGAGGUGCUGUCUGGCAUGAGGUGUGAGUGGUGUGGCAUUCUGGCUCAUGCUUCUUGCUACAUUAUUGUACCACCAGAAUGUACUUUUGGACGAUUAAGGAAUAUGAUUCUUCCGCCGAAUUGUGUGCGGUUAGUUUCUCGCAAUUUCAGCAAAAUGCACUGUUUUCGAAUAUCAGAGAGCCUGCAAACAGAACCAGAUGAAGAUGAGGAUGUUGAUGGCUUAACACAAGGGUCAGUGAAAGAUGCCCAAAUUUCAACAGAUUCCAGUAAACAAACAUUAAAGAUAUUUGAUGGGAAUGAUGCAGUAAAACGCAAUCAAUUUCGACUGAUUUCCGUUCCAAGGAUUGCAAAAAGUGAGGAGGUUGUGGAGGCAGCGCUGAGGGCAUACUACGUAAAUGAUGAUCAGCAGCACUAUGAGCUCCAGACAUUUUCUCAGCAGACCUUGUUUUCUGAUGACAUCAUCAACAGGAAUGAUGCCACUGAAGAAACCAACCCAGGUCCAGUGUUCAGAGAGGCGGUUCCCGAAGCUUGGAUCAUCAGAGCCAAAUCUAAGGAUCACGAAGUAAUAAGAAUUUAUCCCGGUUGGCUGAAGGUGGGAAUGGCGUAUAUCUCUCUACGAAUAGAUAAGGAAAGCACCACCCAGACAGUAAUUAAAGAAGUUCUCCGGCUAUUAGGACGGCAGUCGGAAUGCCUCCAGAAUUUCAAACUUCUAGAAGUUCUUAUGGCCAGUAAGCAAGUUCAGCGAAUGGUGCUGGAUGACCAGGAGAUGAUCCUGAGCAGACUUAGGGACAUAAGAAAGACUUCAAUACGUCAGAUGAAUCAGACAAGAUUUUACAUUGUAGAAAAUAAUAAAUCUGUCGUGCGGGUAAAUUUGUUUGUGGGUGGCUUGCCACCUCAGCUCUCUGCUGAAGAAUACACUAACAUCCUCAAGGAUGACUUAGCUAUCAAAACAAAUCUGCUUUCUUUGAGUCAUGUUUACUCAGUGCAAGGUGCUGUUGUACUUGAAAUGUCUUGUUUUUCUGAAGCUGAAAGAAUAUAUAUGGUAGCUAAAGAUACAACGGUCAAUGACAAACAACUUACUGCUGCUGUGAUUCCUGAAGUUCUGCAUACCAAGCUACCACAGAACUGCUGUCCACUACUUGUGUUUGUGAAUCCCAAAAGUGGAGGUUUGAAAGGCCGAGAUCUACUCUACAGUUUUAGAAAACUGCUAAAUCCUCAUCAGGUCUUUGAACUCACUAAUGGAGGUCCACUGCCUGGAUUUCAUACAUUCUCUCAAGUUCCCUAUUUCCGAGUGCUGGUGUGCGGUGGAGACGGCACAGUUGGUUGGGUCCUUGGUGCGCUGGAGGAAAUCAGACACAUGCUCGUCUGUUCAGAGCCCUCUGUAGCCAUCUUACCUUUAGGAACAGGUAACGAUUUAGGGAGGGUGCUUCGCUGGGGAGCUGGCUAUAGUGGGGAAGAUCCCUACUCUAUUCUGAUAUCUGUAGAUGAAGCUGAUGAUGUACUGAUGGAUCGUUGGACCAUCCUUUUAGAUGCUCAGGAGGCUGUUGAAAGUGCAGAGAAUGGUAUUUUGGAACCUGAUCCUCCAAAGAUUGUACAAAUGAACAACUAUUGUGGCCUUGGAAUUGAUGCAGAAUUGAGCUUGGGCUUUCACCAUGCUAGAGAAGAAGAACCAGGCAAAUUUAAUAGCAGGUUUCACAACAAAGGAGUCUAUGUAAAAGUUGGACUGCAGAGGAUAAAUCACACCAGAAACCUUCACAAAGAGAUAAAACUUCAAGUGGACCAGCAUGAAGUUGAGUUACCAAGUAUCGAGGGACUCAUUUUCAUUAAUAUCCCCAGUUGGGGGUCUGGAGCUGAUCUCUGGGGAUCUGACCACGAUAAUCGAUUUGAGAAACCAAGAAUCGAUGAUGGCUUACUGGAAGUCGUGGGGGUGACCGGUGUUGUGCACAUGGGCCAAGUACAGAGCGGUCUGCGAUCAGGGAUCCGCAUAGCCCAAGGAGCUUACUUCCGUGUGACGCUUCUGAAACCAACACCCGUUCAAGUAGACGGGGAGCCCUGGAUCCAGCCGCCAGGCCAGAUGAUCAUUUCGGUUGCAGGACCGAAGGUCCACAUGUUGAAAAAAUCCAAACAGAAGCAGAAAAAAACUGGAAGCUUGAAAGAGACCAGAACAGAUAGUGUAUCAAUCACUGAAGUGGGACACUGAAUUGAGCGGACCUUUACAGAACAAAAGCAACCCAGCUACUGUAGAUGAAAGGAGCCUGCACUGUACGGCUUUGUGCAGGGGGUUGGUAAAGAAGGGUUCCGAAUGAGCCUGCCCUUUAUUCCAUUGUAUAGUACUGUGUUCUGCUUAUUUUGUUAAAUGAUUGUGCCUCAUUAGGUGGCUGACGCACACCUACUCAUAUACCACUAAUUUCAUUCGAAAUGUUUGCCUUUGGUAGCCUUCCCUAAACCAUUGCCCAGUUUUUGGUUUGUACCAGUAGAUAACACAGAUCUACCCUACGGAGCUCUUCACACUUGGUUUUGCAAAAUUUUCAUUUUGUUAAGAAAUUUCUAGCCUCUUUCUUACAUAAUCUUCCAUAGACAACUCAUCGCAAGGUUCUGUUAAACUAACCCUGAACAACAGUCUUCCAACAAACAGAACUGUAGUUGUUGCAUCUCUUUGCUGUUGUGCUGUGACCUUCUUGGGCAAGGCCAAACACCACAAUCUGAGGCGUCGCUGUUUGAGACCAUGUUACUCGAGAUGAAUAACCGUAAUGAUAAUGAUCCCAACGUGAAGAGCGCCGUGUACAGAGGAGAAAAAUGGCGCUGAAACGCUCAAGUCAAAAUGGCUAAGACAGUAUCGUUUCAAGGUGGUUUACUUGGACAAAGUGGAUGGGGACAAAAAUAUGUUUUAAACAGUUAUGAAAUGGUCUAGCCUCUUCCAGUCAUCAAACACAUCAAACAGUUCAGCAGCUAUCUCUUAACUAAAUGGAGGCAAAGUUUACCUCAGUAAUAUAUGUAGACAACAAACUUCUUGGGCUCUUAUUUUUCUCCCCUGCUGGGUGUUCUACCUUUGGUGACUCCAUACUCCUCCACAGGUCCUCAUCUGUCUUGUUUCAAAUUAAUUUUCUAAAAAAAAAGCCCUAUGUGUAAAUGUAUUUUGACUAUGACUUCCAUACAAGCUCCAGAGAGUAGAAGAAUGGGUACUAAUUCUGGCAAAAAGCUGCUGAAAAUGACUAUUUCAUUGACUAUCAGUUCACUAAGGCUGCCUCUCUACAAGGGGUGCGAUUCCCCGCCUACGCUAGCUCGAUGAAAGCUAGCGUGAGUAUACGUAGUAGUGGAGGCGUAUCUAAACUUUACCACGUACAAACCAGCCUGAAAUCGGCGGGCACAUGCUCGGCACAGCUAAGCUACGUCUCUGCUGCCCGUGCUGCCAUGGCUACACCACUAUUUGUAUCUGCACUGGCUCUCAUUGAGCUACCGUGAGAUGUGUACGCGAGCAGCGGAUUCACGCCCCUGGCUUGGAGUGUAGACGUAGCCCACGAUAUGUGAACGUAGAGGCAGGCUAACGAAAAUACACAAUAGUUUAAUUCUUUGAGUUUUUUCGGAGGCAUAGUGUGUGUGCAGUAAGACUGUAUGUCUGGCAACAUGUAUGUCAUGUGCUGUAGAAAAUGCUGUGGCUUCAGAUGACUGAGUAUUUAGCAGUAAAGUAACGAACGGCCUAACAGCAUUCCCGCAACUGUUUAGCCACGGUUCUUUCUUGCAGGCUGCCAAUGUAGGGUAGCAUUUGGGGCAUGGAGAAGGGGGGUAGGCCCAGAUUCUCAAUGCUAUUUAGGUACCUAACGCGCAUUGAUUUCAUUGGAAGUGGAGCCUGAACACAUUUGAGGAUCUGGGCCAUAGUGACUGUAUUGUAAUGUAGCUGGACCAGUGUAUGUUGUAAGCCCAGGCUAGGGCAUGACCAUCCUCCCAGAAAGGUGAUCUGACUGCUUGUCCACCUGCUGCAGACUGAUGGGUCAGGGUGUUUGAGAAUGCUGCCCAGCCCCGGGGCUAAUGUGCUGAAGGUCUGGUAGAACGCUACAUCUGUUGUCCGCAGCCAUUCCCGCAUGGGCCUUUCUAAACACCCCUUCUCUUUGCAUCCCUCUCAGCUCACCAUGGUUCUCUGGUGAUCUAAGUCAGGUGGAAAUGAAUGGGCUCAAAUAGCAAUGUGAAAAGAUGUAGAACCAUUGUGGUGGAAGGAAUUUGUACAGUCCUACCCCACCCAGGGAAAGGGGACUAAGAUCUUUCAGUGUUGUGUCUGGUAAGUCUUGACCAAUGGAACUGCUCCCAGCUAUGUCCUCGUGAACCAGAGUCCUAUUAGCAGGCGACUAGGCGCACUUACCCUUGGCUGUAGAAAGAACUGAUGAAAUACAUGACAGCCACCUCUGCUCGGGGGGCAGCAAAUCAGAGAAAAACGGUGACCGCAUUGGUAGCGUGGCUCAGUCACUCAAGCAGAGGCUCUGAAAAGACUCUUAACGUCGCUGCUUGUGGAAUGGCCCGUCGAAGCCAGGUCCCACGUGAGGGCCACCUCCAGGAUGGCAUUCUGUCGACCGUAAAACGUGAAAAAGCCCAGCCUUUGUUUAGCAAGCAAUUGAUGCCGGUGUUCUUGCCAGCCAUCCCCUUUUCACGGUCUCCUCAGCAAGUGGUGGCAAGUCGACACCUGCCGCGGUUGUUUUCUACCAGUGUUAUAGACACCUUCUAGUCAUGCUUCGGACGUAGCUAAGGUGUGGCAGCGGCUUUGAUAAUCAGCUUAUUGCCACGGACGGAGCUGAAACUUCAGUGCAAAUGCGGCUUGAUCUAACAACAGUUUCUACCAUCCGUCAUCAAGAGAUGUUUUUUACUCACUUAUGGGACAGCUGCUCCUCUUCCCCAUGUGUCCUUACCGUAAGAGCGCUACAGGACGCCAUCCCCUCUUAUUCAACAUCAGAACAAGAUCUCUGUUGAGAGUGAGAUAUCUGCAUGCUGAUGGUGCAGAUCUUUCAUGUGCAUCUUCCCUCUUCAAACAUAGCAUCAGCUCCACUUCGGUGCUUGGAAAUUGGUACGUGCAUGAAAAGCAAGCAGCUUGAGUGUGGGCACUUCUGCUGAUAGUGGGAGGAGGAAAGCAUUGUAUUUCAAGCUGUCUGCUCUCGCAGGGUGAAGUCAACGGACUAAGGAAAUACAUCACUGCUCAUGGGCAUCCAAGGCACAACAGUGGCCAGGAAAGCUGCUUUUAAACUUUACGUAGUUAAGAGAUUUGAUUCUGUUCUCUCUGAUGCGGCCUAGCCAUGGAGAUGAAUGUUUUUGUCAUCUGCAGACUCUAUCUGAGGUGACUGCAAAGAGCAUGCAGAAACGGAAGCCUCUCUCCUCCACGGACCUCACCAGAGAGCCCAUCUCACCAGUGCGCCAUUCCUACGCUGGCUCCAAUUGACACUCCGGAUCUGUUUCAUGCUGCUAGUCCUGACCUUCACAGAUCAUAAGGUGCUCAGUCCUGUCUCUCUCCCCCGCUGCCCCAUUGCCGUGGCUGUUAUCUGAAAUAGUGUGGUUCACAAUCCCGAAGGUGAAACUCUUUGGACAGCAUAUUUUAAGUGGAAGACGUUUUGGCUGUGGAAUUGCCUGCCAUCUGAUUGGUAUAAACGCCAGACUCUGUCCACACUUAGAGCACAGUGCAAGAUCCAUCUCUUUGUGCAUACCUCCCAUAGUCUGGUGCAAUAGUGCUUUCCUGGCAGGCAGCCACCAGAGAGGACACUGAUAGGGAUAGAAGAAGUGGUGAGAAGCUUCGGACCCUUGCUCAUGCAGAAAUGAAGUCUGAUGUAUGUGGUAUCUAGACAGUUUGGUGAUUGGCUCGUUGGAAAUGAAAAUAGAUACAGAUUUUUAAAGCUUAAUGUUUAUGGCCUUUCUGUCUCUUAGUCUGGUUCUGAAAUAUCUUCUGUAUGUUUUCAAGACGCAACAGAUUUUUGGGCAAGUGGGAUGGAAAAGUGAAUAUACACAGAAUAAGCAAACCAAUUGAAAAACGGAGACGAAUUCUCUGAGGAACUAUUUUUAAGCUGUUUCAAUUUCAGGUAUUUAAAAAGGCUCAGAUGCUUAGGGAAUUGUAGCGCUAUAGUUUUGUUUUUAUCAAAAUUACACUUGCUGUGGGUGGGGAUAGGGUUAAUCACAUACAGUCUUUGCAUUCAUAUUAAUUACUCGGAGGCUUCCCUGCAGAAAGGUGGCGUUGCUUAUAAGUUACGUUAAACAUGUGUAACAGCUGAUAAUUAGGUUUUAUGUAAAUCCAGUGAGAUAAUGCAAUAUAAUUACAUUUUGACGGUCUAAUGCAUGGUUCAUACCAUUAUCAGCUCUGAGUGGAGAAUGCUGUAAAACGUGAUAAUUAUAUAAACUUACCGUGGUCCCUCGGCCAGUGCUUAAAAUAGCAUUAACAAAUUUGGAGCUAGAGUGGUUUAGAAAAUGUGGCGCAGAGAGCUCAGAAACGAUAUUGGGAGGGAGGCUGAAUCCUGGGGAGGCUGGGCCGUGCUUAUGGGUGGUCCUUGUGGGCUCAUAGGGAGACGUAUACUGUGCUGUAGGCCCCUGUCUGAUUACAGCCUCAGGGCACACUUGUAUUGCCUGUCCGCUUCCUGCUUGGAACGUUGCAUUUGGCCGCUAUUUCCUGGCUUUCCAUCCCUUGUCAGUAGGGGAGGAGAAGGGGGUCACUAAAAGUGCUAUUCAGUAUCUCAGCUUUCCAACCCAGAUCCAAUGCAUGUUUAAGGUAUACAGUCCUAGAUACGUAUGUUAUUGAAUAGUACAGGGUAAGGACAAAAUGUCUGCUCUGAGUUUUAGCCAUAACUUCACAAUUUCUGGCUUUUAUGGUUGUAACUUAUUCCCUCAAUGUUAUUCCGACACUUAUGGUUUGGUUUAGGGUAGUGUAAGCUUCUACUUAGUGAUGCUUAAUCUAAGUUGAUCUUCGUGAACUCAGUGACUCAUUUUGCCAAAAAACGAUUAAGUUGUCUGGGCGAGUUGAACAUCUGGUCACAGUAUAUCCUCGUGUGGAUUUAGCUGGGUGACUAGGUUCUGAUGUCAUUUGCUUCUGAUCCUUAUUGAUAACACACAAGUGGUCUGAGCCCCUUCUUGCCGGUCUGUGAGAGACACCGUCAUCAAGAUUCCCAACACAAACCUCAUGGAUCUAAGGAACCUGUUUUUUUCAACAAGAUUCACUGGUUAUAAAAUCCAGCAAUGAGUUUAGAAUUCAGCAUCAGCAUAUAUUUUAGCUUUACCUCUGUAUAUCUUCCUGUAGAUUUUAAUCAGGCCCUGGAUAUUAAACUAAACCACAACUCUUCCUCUGUAAUACAUUUAAUAAAAAUCUAGGAAAACCUCUUAGUAGUCACAAGACUGUAAAUAAUGAAUGAAACUCUUAUGAAUGGAUAUUUAUUUCCUUCAUAUCCUAUACAAGCUUAUUGUGUAAGUGGCAUUUUUUAAGAGUACCUUAUCUACUCAAUCCAGAUCCUAACUAUUGGAUGAACGUUUGGAUGGAUGUGUUUAUGCAUGUAUGUUGUUUACCCAGUCGCCCAGCCUAUUGUUGUGUAAGUACAGUCAUUGCUAAACAUUGCCUAAUGUCAAACAAAAUUAAACCAUUGUAGCAAAUGUAUAUACCUGGGGUAAAUUGUUGAAAAUGGUAAGGUUUAACAACGAUAAAGCUAUAGCAGUGCAAAUGCUUUAAAACGUACCAUAGCAUUGCCUGAUACUUUGUGUAUUUUGUGCAGUCUGUUUAUCGUUCAGCUGAAUAUUUCUUUGAAAAGUGCAGUAUUGCGACCUGGAAAUAGACGUUUUUUCAAUCUACAACACAGGCUGCUUUCCCACCGCCGCCACAGUGACUGUGUGCCUCUGCCAUCCUCCGCUGGCGCCACCUUCAUGUCCUUUGUUCUCAGCCCUUCUGCUGAAACUGAUGACUAAUUAGUGCCAAUUCUGAUGGUGCGGUUUGAUCUGAACGCUUGUCCACUAGCAGCGGGUCUGAGACCACCCAUUCAUUUCCACGUACGUCCUUCAACAGCCACGAAAUGCAAAGAUCUUCAGUUACUACUGACCUGGCUCAGAUUCAGAUUGGGAACUUUGGCUCGUUUUCAAACCUAGAUCCCAGAUUGUGGGGGUUUCCAUUAUUUUCCAGACAUUUUGCACUUAACAACUAAAUGCAGAACAGACGUUGUUUAGCGUAUGGCAGAACUGCCUUUUUGUGUUUGUAGUGUAAAUAAGGAAAACCUUUUUGCAGACUUAAGAUGCACUUUCAGGUUAAAAUACAAAGAAGUCUGUAGAAUGCCAUUUAAAAUGCUAGUUAUUCUUGUAAUUGUAACAUUCCCUAGCAUCCAUUUCAGUGAAAUUACUGUACUCUCGUUUAGUGCCCCAUUAGGGAAGGAGAGGAGAUUGUAACGUUUUUGCAAUACAUAUUUAUAUCUAACUGACUGAAAGUUCAUUUAAACUUUAAACCAUUAUAAAUUGGCUGCUAUUCUAUGAAUUAGGUUUAAUAGACUAAUUUUUAUAAUGCAUGAGAUUCAUUUUAAAUUUAUUUAUAAUGUUAACAGGUAGUUAAUUUGACACACGGGAUGUGUGAUAAGAAGUCCAACUGAAAAGGCCUUCACGUCUUUGACCUCUCUGUGCAUUUGCACUGACCAAUGUAAAGGCAUUACAUGGAAUGCAGUGGUUUGAACACAACUUCUUAAAAUGGUUUCUAAAUGUAUGAUUAGACCAGCAGUUCCAAUGUUUACAGAUUGGUGACUAUUGAUUGUAUGCACUCUGGUUCGCUUUUGACACAGUGCACUGUUUUACAUUUUGGAACUAUUGUUUUUACUUCCCGUGCCCAGGAGUGGAAUCGUUGCCUUUUUAGUUUGGGCUCGUAAGUAACCCUUCGGAAAUAUGUAAGCGUGGAUUUUCACUUUUCUGCUAUGAACUGAUAGAACCGACUCUGUGCUGAUAAAAGUAUUAGAUUGAACAUUUCUUCCGAAAGGACCAGUUUAUUUUUGAUAAUGUAUAAAAUGGUUUUAUAAACAAUUAAGUGGUGUUGAAAAAGUUGGUCUGAGCUCUUGAAACAAGUGUAUAUCAUGAUUUAAAAAUGUAUUUCAAAGCAGAUAAGCAUUUUUUCUUUAUAGCGCAGUGAAAUGAUCCUUUCACUGUUAGUUCUGUUCUGUGUUUAGCAACACCUUUGUAACGUGUUUCAGACAUAAUGCACUUAGCUUAUCUAUUAAGAGAACACUUAUUCUCAGAAGAUGUGGCUUCAUUUAUCUUCAAUUUAUGCCAUAUUGUGCUAAUCACCUUGACCUUUUACGCUUCUCUUGUAGCAAUUCACAAUAUAAAUACCUGUUUAAGAGGCUUAACUUUCCAUCUCUGAAUUCCUACAGAUGAAAGGACAAAAAUUCCUCAUUUGGGCACAAAAUUGUGACAAUUUUGGUUAUUACCCUGUCUGCCUAAAGUGAAUGUGCCAUGCAGCCAUCCUGUGCGUCCAAAGGCAGCUGUCUCUUGGGCCAAAUAUACACCAGUAAGGGAUGCAGAAUCCUGGAUCGGGGAAAUGCCGCUCUGGUGAUUGCUCUCCUCCCUUUAUGCUUUUAAAUUUGCCAAAUAGGGAGUAGCAAGAGGUGCCUAAGAAAUUAGUCAGUAUUAAAAGUGAGCAAAUACAGGUGCUUGAAAAACCUAAACCUAACUCCUUGAAAGCAAAAUCCUGCGAGGUCUGUGUCAUAGAAGUAGUUGGCUCGUUUCCGCUUUUCAAAAGUGCAAAGAGAAAAUUUUAAAUCGGAAAUGGCUGAGAGACAAACAGUAAGCUACCUUGGUGAAGCUGUAGAUUGAGAUGAAGGGCGAGGGCGGGGGCGGGAGGCAGGAUUUGAUACCUUGAUAUCAAAAUCAGAGAAGCACAGAUUGUUUUGUUAGCCAUAGAAAAGUUUGAUUAUCCUCCUGUACGCAAAAGUUCUAUUAUGUGGUAAAUUAUCAUUACCUGAGUAAUUGUGUUAUUUUCCAUUGCCACCUAGUCCAAGCAGCCGAUUUCACAGGACUAGCUCUUUAAAUAAGUUGAACACGUUUUUUAAAAACAAGGUACUUCAUGAUGUCUUACGGAAUUUCUUGUGAAUGUUGUCACAUGUUGGGCCACGUGGAUUACACCGACAAGCUAAGCUAAACUGACCAUUGAAUAGUUCGGCUAGUGUGCAGUGCUGAUUCUUUGUGCUUCUACCUGAUAAUUCUUCGAAACAGUUUGUUGACAGUGUAGCUAUUAAUGUGGUUGAAUUCUAUUUGUGUUGUGUGCCUCAAACUAAUAAAGCAUAUCACACAUCUUUACUUGUGGUUUGAUCUUAAAAAAGGGUUUUCAUGCUAUAACUAGUUUCUAGUUUUCUGACUUGCAGACCACUGUGCUGGUAAUCUCUAUGAAUUAAUGUUCCUAAAAUGUAGUAACUAAAAAACAAAAAAAAAGGUGGACUUUUCUUUUAUAUUUAAACAUCAGUUUGUCCUCAGAUUAUGUUCUUAGAAUAAUUCUGUAUAUAUUUUGCAAUAUGGUUUUGUGUGUAAUUUUGACUGUACAUUUUGCACUGAUUGAAAUUCUGUAUUCUAAGUAUAAUUUGUGAGUACCAGAGAUCUAUAACUAGAAUUUAUGUCUGUGACAAAUAUAAUUGGUAAUUUCUGAUACA